AUGACAGCAACGCAAACUCAAUCGUCCCCGGUGGUGGUUCCCUUGCUCAUCAAUGGGAAAGAGGAAACCCCUGCGUCCACCUUCGACAUCAUCAGCCCAUACACCAACUCGCCAUGCUGGGCUGCUGCCUCCGCCAGUCCUGCAGACGCAAUCCGCGCCGUUGAGGCUGCGGACGCUGCAUUCGCGACUUGGUCCCAGACAAAGCCCACUGUAAGGCGAGAUAUUCUGCUUAAAGCAGCCGAUAUACUAGAAAGCCGCCUCGAGGAGAAUGCUGCUUUUAUGCGCACAGAAAUGGGCGCUGAUGUAGGCGCCUCGCAAGGAUUUGUGGUCCCGCUGAGCAUUCGCAUGCUGCGUGAUAUUGCUGGUCGCAUCACGUCAAUUUGUGGAAGUUCUCCCGUAGUUGAAGAGGAUGGCCAGAGUGCGAUUGUUUACAAAGAGCCUAUGGGGGUCAUUUUAGGCAUAGUUCCUUGGAACGCUCCGUAUGUCUUCGGCAUUCGGGCUGCCGCUUGUGCGCUUGCCGCUGGCAACACAACCAUUCUCAAAUCCUCUGAAUUGUCUCCACGAUGUUAUUGGGCCAUUGGACGGGCCUUUCAAGAUGCAGGAUUGCCCGCCGGGUGCUUAAAUGUGCUGUCUUGUCCGCCACAGGAUGCCCCGGCCGUGGUCAACGCGAUGAUUGAACACCCCGCGGUUCGAAAGAUCAAUUUCACAGGCAGCAGCCGCGUUGGUAGACUUAUUGCAAGCACCUGCGGUAAGAACCUCAAGCCAUGUCUCAUGGAGCUUGGGGGCAAAAACAGUGCUAUUGUCUGUGAAGAUGCAGAUCUGAAGACUGCUCUUGGGGCAGUAUUAGCUGGAUCCUUUAUCAAUUCUGGGCAAAUUUGUAUGGCUACGGAUCGAAUUAUUCUUCACUCGCGUAUUGCUCCAGCCUUUAUCGAGGCGAUGAAAGAAGCAUUAAAGCCUAGUGACGACGGCAGCGGUGGUCUCCCUCCAACACUAGUAAACGCCGCAUCUAAAGCACGCAUUGAAGCGGUUGUACGGGAUGCCCUUGCAUCUGGUGCCCAUAUCGUUCAUGGAACCUUCGAUGAGACUGAAAAAACAUCACAGGCUACUAGCAUUCGAAUGCCUCCUCUUGUAUUGGGAGGUGUGAAGCAAGACAUGAAAGUCUGGCAAGAGGAGAACUUUGCAUCCGUGGCUUCCUAUAUGAUCGUUGACAGCGAUGAAGAAGCCAUUCGGAUUGCGAACAGUGGUGGAUACGGAUUGUCUGCUGCCGUGUUCACGGAAGACCUGCGCAAAGGAUUAGCAAUUGCAAGGAAGAUACAAUCGGGGGCGGUGCAUAUCAACAGCAUGACCAUCCACGAUGAACCAGUGCUCCCUCAUGGUGGUGUAAAAAAUAGUGGCUGGGGAAGAUUCAAUGCAGCAGAGGGGCUGAAUGAGUUCCUUACGACUAAGAGCGUGACAUGGAUGGAUUGA